UGUUUAGGACAAUGGUAGAUUGGUUGUGGUUGUCCAUGGGUUCGUUAGGUCAUCUGCUCUUCUUGAGCGUGGUGUUAUUCCCUGCUGUCCAUGGUAUAACUGCCAAUAUCUACAUCGACACCAACGUCGUCGUCAACAGAGUUCAGGAUAGCUUUGUUGGCGUCACCCUCGACUCGAGUGUUAUUCAAAGUCCUUUGGCAAAGAGUGGUCUAAACUUCUCAUCUCCAAAAUUACUCAAUCUUGCUGGGGGCUUCCAACCAAACAUCCUUAGAAUCGGCGGGACUGCGGAAGAUGAUAUUUCCUUUGACCCGAAUAACGUCACUGAGGACAGCCAUGGGAAUCUGUCAGCUAGUCUUUGGGAUGAAAUCAACGCUUUCACAACGUCUGUUGGAUGGGAUCUGAUCUUUGGUCUGAACGUCCUUGAACGACGAGAUGGACAGUGGGAUCCUACCAACGCUGAAGUAUUCUUGGAUUACACUUCCAAAAAAGGAUAUACAUUAUAUGGUCUAGAACUUGGCAACGAGCCUCGGAUGUUCCCCAAAAAUUUCAACCAGUCGGUGAUGCCCAAGCAACUUGGAAAGGACUUUGGAACACUGGAGAAGGUGCUGAGAGAUCGACCAUACUUCAACAACACUCGUAUUCUAGGGCCAGAUGUUUCGGGCAUUUUAUCGAAAGAUUCGGUCUCAUAUGUGGAAGAGUUUUUAGCUGCUGGCGGAGCAAGUGUCGUGGACGGGGUCACAUUCCAUCAGUAUUUUGGAAACGGAGACAAUGCAACCAAAGAGAUGUUUACAAAUACCACGUUUAUGGACACUCUGAAUGCUUCCUUCGUAUCGGCACACAAGGCAACACGAGCAUUGGCGUCAAACAAACCUCUCCUCCUGGGUGAAACUGGGUCCUUCUACCACGGCGGCGUUGUGAACAUGACAGACACCUUUCUUGGUGGAUUUUUAUGGAUGGACAAGCUCGGCAUGGCCGCCCAAUCAGGCAUACAGAAUGUGUUCAGACAGGACUUGUAUGGACUUGGAUCAACCAAUCACCUGCUAGAGCCAUACACAUACGACCCUCUGCCAGACUACUGGUUAACAUUUCUCUUCAAAAAGCUGGUGGGCAACGACGUGUUCAAGCCUCGAGUCGAGGGUCCGCCUACUGUAAGAGCGUACUGUCACUGUAUGCGACACAUAAAUCCUUAUUUCUAUCCACCUGGUAGUGUGACGGUAUUUGCAAUGAACCUUGACACUGUGGCAGUAAACUUGACAUUCCCAGCAUACAAAGGUGGAUAUAUGGACCACUUCCUGUUUUCACCGGAAGGAGGGGAUGUACAGUCGAGAACUGUGAUCCUCAAUGGGCACCAGCCUGUGCAUCUGGUUGAAGACGAGAUACCAUUUCUGGUUCCUGCUGGUGCAGGGGGAAAAACAAUCACCUUCCCCCCUCUGACGUACGGGUUCAUUGUACUGUAUGCGGACGCCAGUGUGUGUAAACCUGACAACUGAACAGCCUAUGUGUCGGUUUGCUGAAAGUCUAUUGUCCUGGUUCCAUCAGAUAUGUACAUGGUAUUUGACCAAAUGAUUUCUGACGGAUUGUU